AUGGAGAACUGGGGCUUAGUAACUUAUCGUGAAGUGGCACUUCUGGUCGAACCGGCGAAAUCCUCGACGAGACAGAAAUCUCAUGUGGCGCUUGUUGUUGCGCAUGAGCUUGCGCAUCUUUGGUUUGGAAAUCUCGUAACCAUGAAAUGGUGGACAGAUUUAUGGCUGAAGGAGGGAUUCGCGUCAUUCAUGGAAUACAUGUUUGUGGGCUACAAUUACCCCGAAUUUCGUAUAUGGCUUCGUUUUGUUAAUGAUGAGCUCGCUUCCGGCUUCAAUCUGGAUGCUUUGAAAAGCUCUCAUCCUAUUGAGGUUGAAAUUGACAACCCAAAUGAACUGGAUGAAAUUUACGACAGCAUAACUUAUGCAAAAUCGAAUUCGGUGAAUCGUAUGCUGUGCAACUACCUGGGCGAAGAGACAUUCCAAAAAGGCCUGCAAAUUUAUUUGAAAAAAUUCCAGUACAGUAAUGCAGUCACUGCUGAUUUAUGGGAUGCACUGGGCGAAGCUUCCGGACAGGAUAUCAAGACAUUGAUGUCAACGUGGACGAAGCAGAUAGGCUUCCCGCUUGUGACUGUCAGCCAAAAAAUUGAUGGUAACAAGAGAAUUCUGAAGCUGAGUCAAGCAAGAUUCAUUGCUGACGGAAGCGCCGAUGAAAAUAACACGUUAUGGCAGGCAAGAAUACCACUGCCUUUAUCCCUUCAGGAUAUCAAAACAUUGAUGUCAACGUGGACGAAGCAGAUAGGCUUCCCGCUUGUGACUGUCAGUCAAAAAAUUGAUGGUAACAAGAGAAUUCUGAAGCUCAGUCAAGCAAGAUUCAUUGCUGACGGAAGCGCUGAUGAAAAUAACACGUUAUGGCAGGUCCCAAUAACAAUUUCUACAUCAGCCGAGCCGGAUAAAGUACGUGAAAGAAUGUUGCUGAAGGACCGUGAGCAGGAAGUUAUUAUUGAUGGCGUUGAGCCGAACCACUGGAUUAAGCUGAAUGUUGGGACAACUGGAUUUUAUCGUGUCAUGUAUGCAGAUGAUAUGCUUCAUAAACUUUUGGCCAGUUUCAAGUUCAAGAAAAUUCCCGUACUGGAUCGUUUCGGCAUCGCAAAUGACAUGUUCGCACUGGUCAAAUCAGGACAGGUAUCGGCGAAAAAAUUCCUAUCAGUGCUUGAAUCCUCCUCCAAGGAAGAUGAUUACAUAGUCUGGGAUACGCUUGAUGCAGGCAUUUCGUCAUUGUCGAACAUCUUGUCGCACUACGAUCCUUUCGUACGCGCGAAAUUCAACAGAUUUGUGGUGAAAAUUUUAGCACCACUGGCUUUUCGCUUGGGUUGGGAAGCAAAACCAAAUGAGGAUUUAUGA